AAAGGGUACAGUCGGUUACAAACUCCCAUAGGAGUAAGUCCGCUGACUGUUCUUGGGUCUGCAGAGAAAAUCUACAAGAAUGACCAAAGUUGUAGCCGGGCCGGAUUUGAUUUCAUUCAGGAGGGUCGCCUUUGUGUGAAAAUAUUUACCAAUAACAUCGAUUGGGACGACGCCAAGAGUAUUUGCGAAAUGAAUUAUGGCCGCCUUAUCGUCAUCAACACGGAACAAAAAUUGAACGCAUUUUCGGGGUAUCUAGAUACUAUGGGUUAUGCCAGCGACCGCCUGUGGAUAGGUGCCACCGAUAAGGCUGAUGAGGGCACCUGGGUGUGGCUGAACGGACAAGGAGUGGAUCAGUCUUACUGGGACGACGUGAUAUUAAAUGAUUUUUGUAAGGAAGACUUUUUUGCCUUCACUGCUGAAUGUGGUAGAAUUCAGUAUAGGACCCUUAGCGAUGAUACCUGUGGCAUUUCACAGGCGUAUGUCUGUGAGAGGCCGGACAUCGUCUAGCAUUAGAAUAUCACUUCCGUUUUCAUACUCGUGUACAUGUACAUGUAUCUUGCUGUCAAUGUUUAUGUAUCUUAGCGAGCUCGUAUAGUACUAUUCUGUGUACAAUUUAAGUGGUUAAAAUAGAGCCUGACAUCAAAACACAAGUAUUCUUACGCUAUCUAUAAGUAUGCUGCGAUCGGAUUCUGUUAUAUGUUUGUUUUAUAUCACUGAGGCCUACGAACUCCACUACCUCUGACCAUAUACUGAAAAUGGAGGAUUGUAAAGAAACUGAUACAAACCCGUUAACGAUCUCGUACGAUUGUCGUCUAAACAGUUAUCCUUCCUGUGCAAGUGUGCACAAGAUACUCUUCGAUGACCUCCCUCUGUCAAUAUGACCUUUAUAUGUCACUGAAAAUAAAAAAUCGGUUACUCAGUA